AUGUCCGUCGUAGGCAUCGAUUUUGGUAAUCUCCAGUCCAAGAUUGCUGUUGCACGCAAUCGUGGAAUUGACGUUAUUUGUAACGAAGUUUCAAACAGAGCUACUCCGUCUUUGGUCUCAUUUGGAAAUAAGACUAGAUAUUUAGGUGAAGCAGCCAAAACGCAGGAGAUUUCAAAUUUCAAAAAUACCGUUGCCUCUUUAAAACGUCUAGCUGGUCGGUCUUAUCACGACAAGGAAAUUCAAGAGAUAGAAAAGCAUUAUAUCAAUGCAGACCUGGUAGAUGAAAAAGGACAAGUCGCAGUGAAGGUCCAAUAUCUUAACGAAGAACGCGUAUUUACAAGCACUCAAUUGAUCGCUAUGUAUUUUACCAAACUCAAAGAUAUAACUUUUGCGGAGCUUAAAAUUCCCGUUUCUGAUGUAGUAAUUUCAGUACCUGGAUGGUUUUCCGAUAUUCAACGUCGAAGUAUCCUUGAUGCUGCCGAAAUUGCGGGUUUAAAUUGUUUACGUCUGUUUAAUGACACCACCGCUGCAGCACUGGGAUAUGGUAUCACCAAGACAGAUCUGCCCGAGGAUAAGGAUAAGCCCCGAAAUGUCGUAUUCGUUGAUAUUGGGCAUUCAUGUUAUGGCGUGACAAUUGUUUCAUUUGUCAAGGGACAGUUGACUGUUAAGUCUACUGCUUAUGAUAGGCACUUAGGCGGUCGUAAUUUUGAUCAACUUCUAGUUGACCACUUUGCCGAAGUAUUCAAGGAAAAAUAUAAGAUUGAUAUUAAAUCAAAUCAAAAAGCACUUUUCCGACUUCGCACUGGAGUAGAAAAACUUAAGAAGGUGCUUUCAGCUAACACUCAAGCUCCUCUCAAUGUCGAAUCUAUAAUGAACGAUGUAGAUGUUAGUGCUAUCAUUUCUCGUCAGGAAUUCGAAGAGUUAUCUCAGCAUCUUAUUGAUAGGAUAGAAGCACCUCUUGCACAAGCACUUCAAGAUUCUGGGCUCGCUUUAGAAGAUAUCCAUUCAGUCGAAGUUGUCGGUGGAUCAACGCGUAUUCCGGCAGUUAAAGAAAAGAUUUCAAAGUUUUUUGGACAAGAAUUGAAGUAUACCCUUAAUCAAGAUGAGGCAGUUGCACGUGGAUGUGCACUUCAAUGUGCAGUUUUAUCUCCUGUGUUUAAGGUCCGCGAAUUUUCCGUCCAAGAUAUCACCUCCUAUCCUAUUAAAAUCACGUGGGAAAAAAUCCCAGAAAUUCCAGAUGAAGAAUCGGAACUUUUAGUAUACCCCAAAUCCAAUGCCAUUCCGUCCACGAAAAUAUUAACGUUUUACCGAAAACAACCCUUCGACAUCGAGGCUUAUUAUGCAGAAUCUGACAAAACUCCAACGCAUAUUAGCCCUUGGAUCUCCAAAUUUUCUAUUAAACAAGUUGAACCUACCGAGAAUGGUGACUUAAGUAUCAUAAAGGUCAAGUCUAGGCUCAAUGUACAUGGAAUUCUUUCUGUAGAAAAUGCUCACGUUGUUGAAGAAGUCAUAAAAGAAGAAAAGGAAGAAGUAAGUGAAUCUCAACAAAUGGAUACUGAUGCCAAGCCUGAUGAAGCCUCCAAACCUGCAGUCAAGAAGGUGAAGAAACUUGUGAAGAAAGGAGAUUUACCGGUUGUUUCUGUUCAUGGCGGAUUAGACAAAACCGCUAUUAUUCACUGCAAAGAACUUGAAGCACAAAUGAUUGCAUCUGACAAACUUGUCGCCGACACAGAAACCCAAAAAAAUGCACUUGAGGAAUAUAUAUAUGAUAUUCGUUCAAAAAUUGAAUCGAUAUAUUCCGAGUUUGUAAAUCCGGCUGACAAAGAAGGUUUUACUAAUCUUCUCAAUGAAAAUGAGAAUUGGCUUUAUGAUGAAGGAGAAGAUUCAACAAAAUCUGUUUAUAUGGAAAAGCUUGAUCAAUUGAAGAAGUAUGGAGUACCUAUUUAUGAUCGUUAUCGCGAAGCAGAAGAACUGCCAAAAGCAGAGAAGUCAUUGCGGGAUAGUAUAAGCUCUUUUAUUCUCAAUGCUACCAGCAAUGAGGAAAGGUUUGCACAUAUUCCUGAAGAAGAGAAGAAAAGCAUUGUAGAUAAAGCCACUCAAAUUUCGGCAUGGUUAAAUGAGAAACUUGCUGCUCAAGCCAAAAUUCCGAAAUAUCAGUCACCUGUUAUUACAUCUCGUGAAAUUUUAAAGGAGCGUGAGGACCUUGUACAUUUUGCUUCUCCAAUCUUGUCAAAGCCUAAGCCCAAGCCUGAACCCAAACCUGAAGAAAUUCCUGUCCCCGAAUCGACGUCAGAAAAUAAAAACACUGAAGCUCCAAAAUCAGGUGAAACCACAAACGAAGAUCCAAAGAAAGAACAAAAUCCUGUGGAUGAAGAUAUCAAGAUGGAUAUCGAUUCGUGA